AUGAGAUCUCACAACAUCAUUGGCUGUUUUUUAUUUACCCUGCUAUUUAUUAUGAUUUUUGGCAGCUGGGUUUCCAAUGCCGCUGUAUCAAUAGAUGUAAAUUAUAAUAUCUACCAAUUAGUUGCCUCUUUCUACAAUAUCAGAUCUAUGGACUUUGACAAGCAAAAUAAUAUCCUGUACAUUGUCGGCGCUAAUAACAAGGUUGUAAAAUAUACUGCUGCAAGUGGUACGACUGAAUAUGAUGCAUCAGCAUAUACUCCUUAUGGCAUUGCUGUCAAUUCUACAAGUGCCUAUUUUUCAGUAUUUAAUCCAGCUUCAUUAAAAAAGUGGGACGGAGCUGUAGGAACCUCAUCUUAUCAUCUCAUUAUGCCAGGUUCAGUUUCUACAUCAGGUUCAGAUGAUAUAGUAGCAAAUUCUUCAUUGACGACGAAGCCGAAAUAUAUGAGAAUAUCAUCAACCACAGGUGAUUUAUACUUUACGGAAGCAUGCAGAGUGAGAAAAAUAUCAAAUGGUAUGGUUCGUGCUGUUGCAGGUAAAACUACUUGUACUUCCUCAUCAGGAGAUGGUGGUUCAGCCACAAAUGCAGAAUUUAAUGGAGCUCCAUAUUAUAUUGCCUUAACACCAGAAGAUGAUUUACUUGUCAUGGAUAAUGUAAAUAGACUGAGAAAAGUUAGCAAUGGCACAAUUACUACAAUUCUAUCACCUACCUCUUGUAGAGGUCUUGCUGUCGGUACUAAUGGAGAUAUUUACAUAAUAGAUGAUCAAGUAGUUAGUAAGGUGAGGAAUGGAGUUUCAACCACUAUUGCUGGUGGUGGUGGAACUUCAACGAGCUCUUUUUCCUCAAAUGAUCCUCUAUCAUAUGGUUUUGCUUAUGCAGAACUCAGUGAUAUUGUCGUUGGUGUGAAUAAUAGUCUUUAUUUUGUUGCUGAUCAGAAGUUAUUCAAAUUAGAACCUUAUUGCAGUUCAGGUUAUGUACUUUCACCUGAUUAUACUAUUUGCUAUCCUGUCUGCUUUAAUACAGUAGCAACAUCUCAAUCAGUGUGCUCUAAUUCAAAUGGUACCUGUAUUGCUCCUGAUACAUGUUCUUGCAAAGCUGGUUAUACUGGUUCCAAAUGUGAAAUUCCAAUCUGUUACGGAUUACUCUCCAAUGACACAGCCAAUGCUUGCAGUGGAAGAGGAUCUUGUGUAGCAAAGGACACUUGUGUCUGUCAACCAAAUUAUUCUGGACUUGCUUGUAAUAUCACUACCUGUUCUUCAAUUUCUAGUACCAGUGCAAAUGUUUGCUCUAGAAGAGGGUCAUGCACUGCCUAUAAUACUUGUACUUGUUCGCAAAAUUAUUAUUAUGGAACAGAUUGUCAAAAUACUUACUGUUAUUCAAUUUCCUCUACUGAUUCAAGUGUUUGUAGUGGACAUGGUAACUGCUUAGAUUAUAAUCAAUGUUCUUGUUCUUCAAAAUGGUAUGGUUCCUAUUGUAACAUCACAGAAUGCUUUUCUAUGUUAAGUAACUCUUCAAAUGUUUGUUCAGGUGCUGGUACUUGUAAUUUGCCAAAUAAUUGUACUUGUAAUGCUGGAUAUAAUGGAACUAAUUGUGAAAACUUUGAUUGUUUCGGAGUGUCUGUGAAUAGUGGCCAAAGUGCAUGUCAACACAAUGGAACAUGCUCAGGACCUGGAGCUUGCUCUUGCUUGCCAACAUACUAUGGAAAAAUUUGUGAAAUAUCAACUUGUUAUGGUAUAUUGAGCAAUUACUCUAGUGUUUGUUCAAGUCAUGGAACCUGCACAAUGUUGAAUACUUGUGAAUGCAGCCAAAAUUAUUAUGGAAAUAAUUGCAGCUUCCCUAUUUGUUAUGGAAUAACAUAUGAUGAUACUAGUGUAUGUUCUGCUCGCGGAAAAUGUAUUGGCGGAAAUAAUUGUAAAUGUAAUAAUGGUUAUACUGGAGCUAAUUGCGAGCUCAAUAUUUGUUAUGGUGUUAACUCUGACCAAUCUAAUGUUUGCUCUUCACGUGGUUCAUGUGGUGCACCUGAUUCAUGUCAAUGUACUAAUGGAUACAGAGGUCCAAAUUGUCAAUAUGUUGAAAUGAUAAUGGACGCCAAAGCGGCAGUUUUAUCUACAGCAGUCUCCAACGUAAUAGCUUCCUAUGCUCCUAAAACAGCAACAUCUUGCAGUUCUAUUUUCUCCUCAAAGGAUUUGACAUAUCUUGGCUCCUCGGAAACUGUCAGAUGUAUUUGGAAUCAAAACACAUUCAAAAUUUAUUUAGGCUACAGACACUUUGUUUAUGAUAAUAUGACCAUGGAUAUCUUUGGUAAUGGCAUGAAUUUCACUUUGCAAGUAGUCUUGACAAAGGCCAUACAAGAUAGUGCCAGUGCUUCUAUUUCCAUAUUACCUCAACUAUCUAAGGUACCAAAAACAGCAAUUAUUGUUAAAUCUUACUCACCAUUUGUUUUCCAAGCUUUUAGAAAUACUUCAAUUGCUUGGUCUAACUCAGGUAAUACCGAUAUCUCUACAUUGCUUUCAGGAAUGAGCAACAAACCAGUGGUAGUCAUUCCUUCUACAGAAAUAACCUCAGCUUCAACCAAAUUUUCCUUAAAUGUAACAGGUAAAAACUGGAUUGGUGCCACUUCAACUAGUGCAAAAGUUGAUAUUGAUUAUACUGCAGCCUAUCCAUACUUUGAAUUAGUAUCGGAGACAAGUGGUAGUCAAUUUACUUGUUCUGGUUUUGACUGUAUUAUUGAAGUUAAUCCGUAUGUUACACCAACUCCUACAGUCUAUUUUGAUGUACCAUUCAAUGCUCUCAAUAGUGGUUCUGGAGAUUAUGUAAUUAGAUUUUUGAAUAGAGUUGGCUCUACCAUUCUAAACAGUUACUAUGAGGGUUCAAUGAAACUUCAAACAACCUCUAGUGCCUUAACCUAUACAAUGUCCUACACUGGCUUUGAAGAAGUGCCAAUCGUGUUGCUCAAUACUGAAAAACAAUACUAUGGAAACAAACUCACAAUUACUGCUUCUUUUAUUGACCCGAUGGUUGAAUAUUUGUUGAGUAGUAAUAGUAUUAGUGUUUCAUGGUUUUGUUUUAGAGGUACUUCAAAGACUGGUCCUUUUUCUGCCUAUGACUGUACUUCUCAAACUAAGGAAUUAAUCAUUGGAGAAUCUAACCUUAUUGAAGGAUACCAUCAAUUCCAAUUCACAGCCACUUUGACAAAUUCAAAAAUCACAUCCGUUACCAAAACAGCAAUUGUGCAAGUUGUUAAAACAAAUAUUCCAGAUAUUCUCUUUGACUCUGUUCCUCCAGUUUAUCCAUCAUCAAGAAACUUGGUAUUGAAUGCAGUUAUUUCUUCUUCCACGCAAAUCGGUAGCGUUGUGUGGCAAGUAACCAAGGGUAAUUUACUCAAUGAGAAUAUUCUUAGUCAAUCAAGUACUCUCUCAUUGGAUGGAUACAAUAUCAAAUCAACUUUGGUUAUUGACAAGUCUUAUUUAUUACAAGGUGAUUCUUAUACAUUCACUGUUACUGCUUCCAAUGGUAUUGGCUCUUCAACUGCAGCUGUUUCAACUGUUAUUGAUGUAGCUCCAAGAAUUGCUUGUCAAGCCUAUGACGCAGCCAUAACCAAUUCCGUUAUCUAUGCUUACUCUAGUGAUGUGGUAAUUGAUUGUGCUUCACUCUCUGACUACUCAAUUGCUUCCUAUCAUGUCGAUAUAUAUGCCAACUCAACCAGGGUAAUGACAGUAUCUAAAACAAUGAAAAAGACUUUUAUUACAAAGGUACCAUACGGUCCAAAUGGAAAUAUCAGACUGGAUGUACGAGCUGUAAACAAGAUUGGAUCUAUUUCAUCUGCUUCUAUUGAUCUCAAGGUUUCUCUUAAAAAUACUGAUAACACCCUCGCUGGAAGAAUUGGAUUUGCUAGUUCUGAAUAUGAAAGCAACAAAGCAAGCUUUACAAGAUUAGAAAGUGUUGUUACUAUGCAUUCUUUAUUGUUACUUAUUAUUCAACAAAAUUCUGUUAGUGAAUUUGCCAGUAUAGACUCUACAGCCAAAACUACUCUCACCACCUUGAUAACCAAUAUGUUAACUACUUUGAGUGGUCUGAAGAGUAUUAGUUACAACGCAGAUGACAAAUUAGCUCCUGUUUUUAUUCCAUUUGCAAAUGAUGCUUACAGGUUACUUGCUGUUAUUUCUCCAACUACAGUGGCUUCCAAUGCUGAUCUACUCACUUGGGUUAAAUUCUUCAUAACGUCAUUCAAUGAUUACAAGACAUAUUAUAGAUCUACAGUUGUACCUACUAUUUACGACUCUAAACACUUGACAGAAAUUGAUUCCUUGAUAGGUAUUGGCGCAAAGUAUAUUAGUGAUAGUAGUUUCAGUCCAUUAUAUAAGGAAACAGCUAUUAUUUCCAAAUUGAUUACUGACGUUACCAAUUCCACAACAACGACAACCUCCACCAUCGUGGAUUCCAGUGGUACGGAGACAAGAUUUGAUAUUGUUGACAGAAUUCAACAACUGAAUGCCAAGACAAUUACAUUCGCUAAUUAUCCUUCAAUUUCUAUUUCCUUCCCAUCAGAUUUCUACUCACAACUCGGUGUUGAAAAUUCAGGAUCAGGAGUAACCCUCACUUCUGCUGUUUCAACCUCUAAAUAUUCCCAACUAGUAAGCCCUUCUGUUGAUAUUUCUCUUUCUACCUCUUCAGACGCUGUUAUUUCUGUGAGUGGAUUGCAAGGAAAUUUGAUUCAAAUCAAUUUUGGCACCUUAUCACAACCUAAAGCUAACUUUACCAGUUACAAUUAUACUUGCAGAUUCUUGAAUACUACCUCAUCACAAUGGAGUCAGUCAGGAGUGUCAAGCUCUAUUUCCAUUUUGUCAGAUGAUGGCCAAACUGUCACCUUUUCUCUUUCAUGUUUAACUUCUCACUUGACUUCUUUCGGAGUUGUUUCUGCUAUCAUCCCUCCAACAUCACAAUCUAAAACAGUAACAACAGAUAAUACUGGUGUUGUUGUUGGUGCUGUUUUGGGUACACUCUUGCCAUUGAUUUUGAUAGCUGUUAUUGUUGUCGUAGUGGUGAUAAUUGUAAUUAUUUUAUACAAGAGAAAGAAAUCUCUCGACUCAUCACAAGUUCAAAAUGUUGAAUUGGUCAAUAAGAAUGUUUCAAGUGUUCAUAUUAGUGACUUCCCUUCAGAAGAAAGCACUCACUUUAAGCAAUUGGUUAGUGUAUCUUCUGGAUCUACUAAUUCUGAUCCACUUGCAAGAUAUGCUGAUAUGGUAAAGAUUGGACAAGGCGCAUUCGGAAGUGUGUUCAAAGGUGUUGAUACAAAGCAAGCAGGAAAGUUGAAGGCCAUCAAGGUUAUUAGAUUUAAUUCUGUUGGUGAAUUGAACAAUAUGCUCAAAGAAGGAACUAUGCUCAUGAACAUUGAUCACCCACAUAUUCUAAAAGUCAACGAGUUUAUUAUUGACAAAGAUAACAUUCUCUGUAUUGACACAGAUUUCUGCGAAGAUGGUGAUUUGACCAAGCUUACUCUUUCUGCAGAGCCAAUCCCAGAACCAAUCAUCAAACAAGUAAUUUAUCAAAUGUGUUCUGCUUUGGCCUUUAUUCACAACAAGCUCAAGAUUAUUCACAGAGAUGUUAAACCACACAACAUUUUCUUGAAAGAAUUGACAGAUUUUUCAGUUCAAACAGUUUUGGCUGACUUUGGUCUUGCUAAACAAGAUCAAAACAACAGCAUGAAUUCAUAUGCUGGUACACCACUUUACAUGAGUCCAGAACUUGCCCUUGGAGGUAAAUAUAACUAUAAUACUGACACUUGGUCUCUUGGUGUUGUAGCCUAUCAAUUAAUGACUAAAGAUAUCACAACUGCUCUAAGUCAUUUGUGCUUAACAGGAGAUUCAGAAGAUACUAAGAAGAGAAUUAGAGCCAAAUUGGAUGAGACUGGUCAAUACUCUGAAGCAUUGAAAGAGAUUGUCAUUUCCAUGUUAGAAAAAGAUGCUGCAUCACGUCCAUUUCCUCAAGAAUUAGUCGAUCGUCCUUUCUUCCAAGAUUAUAGACCAAAGAAGAAGAAGAAUAACAUUUUCAGAUCCAGUUCUGCAGGAGAAGAUGAUAUGUAUAUGUAAACUUAUUAAACAAAUUUUAAUGACCUGUUGAUUUCAGUAGAUGCAUAAAAAUUAUCCAACACUGGAUGAAGAGAACCCAGUAAUUGCCUUCCUUUAUGGACUACUCCUCAUCAGAGCUAGGCUCAUCAGAGAAAUACACUUUAUCAAAUAAUUUUAAUCCAGCAGGUGUUGAACUAAUCUCUCCAGAUAUGGAAUUCCUUUUAAAAUAUGUUUCAUGAUAGGAAGCAAUUUUUCUCAAUUUAGGAAAAACAUCAUUAAACAAUAAAUUCACUUCUGUUAAA